AUGGAUUUUCAGACUAGCACGGACGGAGAGAUGACAUCACAGAGCCCCUACGAUGUCAGCGUAGUCUCUGUCAUCAAGGCGUGCCUCUUAGGCGUGACUGCCGCGUCUAUCCUCCUGGGCAACACCACAUGCUUGAUUGUCCUACGGUACACGCACGACGGAGUCAGCCCCGUCACCAAGCUGUUUCUGAUAUCGCUCACCACCAGCGAUCUGUUGGUCGGUGUGCUCGUCUGCAUUCCAAUCGUGGGGUCGACGGCCCUGCAGAGCUGGCCGUACGGGGACACCUACUGCACCGUGGUUGCCAUGUGCCACGCGCUGUACUUCAAUGCUGGUUUGUCUGUGCUUGCCAUCAACAUCGAGCGGUACAUCGCGGUCAUAUGGCCCCUGAGAUACCCAUUCAUUGUUACCAUGGCUAGAGCGGCCAUUGUUGAGAUCUUCAUAGUCGCCAUCUUACUGUUAUGGACCCUGUUGUAUGUACUACUCCCAGGCCGAAAAUCCUUCUACUACAGCAACUUCAACCAAUGUUUUAUCGACUUCGUGGUGGGAACCGAUUUUCUGGGUCAUUUGGGAAUGACUGUCUUCAUUGCUGUACCUCUCUUGGUAACAGUCAUAUUGCAUGCUAGAUUGUUCCUACUGGCCAAUCGCCACGCCUCUCGAGUCGGUAAUAUAACCCUGGGGGUAAUUAACUCAGAUGGUCGAGACACCGAGAACGUAGCUUCGAAGCCUGAACAGGUGGAGCCACCCCUAGACACCCAACACAAGGAACGGCUGCGCACUCGCAAGAGCCCCGAUGCUAAAGCCGCACGGACCUUCCUCAUCAUGGCCGUGGUGCUGACUGUCUCCUGGACGCCGUAUUACACCACCAUUGCCUGGGAAAAUCUCCGCACUGACCCGGUCCCCGAAGCACUGGCCUUUGUUUCACAGAUCCUGUUGUUCCUAAACAGUGUCUGGAAUGUCAUCAUCUACUAUACAAGGAACCGAUCCUUCAGGAAGACAGCCAAUAGACUCCUUGGCUGCUGUUGCCGAAUUCGGUCCCGGCGGAGGGACCAAGACACGAUUACUUAA